CGAUAGAUCGGGCUGAGCGAGCGCCGCGGAGCCCGGAAGACGAGCGACAGGCGAGAGAGGCAGAGGCGAAGGGCAGCGGCUCGGCAUGGGGCUGGAGGCGGCGCGGGAGCUGGAGUGCGCGGCGCUGGGGGCGCUGCUGCGGGAGCCGCGGGAGGCCGAGCGCACACUGCUGCUCGAUUGCCGCCCCUUCCUAGCUUUCUGCCGGCGACACGUGCGCGCCGCGCGGCCUGUGCCCUGGAACGCGCUGCUGCGGCGCCGAGCGCGCGGCCCGCCCGCUGCCGCCCUCGCCUGCCUGCUGCCCGAUCGCGCGCUGCUGGCGCGCCUGGCCCGCGGGGAACUGGCGCGCGCGGUGGUGCUGGACGAAGGCAGCGCCUCGGUGGCAGAACUCCGGCCCGAUGGCCCCGCGCACCUGCUGCUCUCGGCGCUGCUACACGAGACCCGCGCCGGGGCCACCGCCGUGUGCUUCCUGCGAGGAGGCUUCGACAGCUUCCAGUCCUGCUGUCCCGAUCUGUGCUCUGAAUCCCCUGCCCCGGCGCUGGCCCCCACAGCCACCGAAACCAGUAGCUCCGACCUCAGGGUUCCCAUCUAUGACCAGGGUGGACCGGUGGAGAUCUUGCCCUACCUGUACCUGGGCAGCUGCAGCCACUCCUCUGACCUACAAGGGCUGCAGGCCUGUGGCAUCACAGCCGUCCUCAACGUCUCUGCCAGCUGCCCCAACCACUUUGAGGGCCUUUUCCUCUACAAGAGCAUCCCGGUGGAGGACAACCAGAUGGUGGACAUCAGUGCCUGGUUCCAGGAGGCCAUAGGCUUCAUCGACCUGGUGAAGAACAGCGGAGGCCGGGUGCUGGUCCACUGCCAAGCGGGCAUUUCCCGAUCUGCCACCAUCUGCCUGGCGUACCUGAUACAGAGCCGCCGGGUGCGGCUGGAUGAGGCCUUCGACUUUGUUAAGCAACGCCGCGGAGUCAUCUCCCCCAACUUCAGUUUCAUGGGGCAGUUGCUGCAGUUUGAGACUCAGGUGCUGUGUCACUGAGGCAGGGACCCUCUGCCUGCCUCCCUACCACAAUCGUUGGCCCUCACGAUUUCUAGGAGGAGCCGAGCAGGGACAGGUGGGCUCCCGAUGGCCUAGAGCAUCCCCCUCGUCUUUGAAGGCCUGUUGCACCCCCUGGGGGACUGGCCUUCCCACCUGGUGCUCUUCUGCUGGGAGUUCAAGGGCUGGCCCUUAGGGGGGACAGAGCAGAGGCACAUCUGCUCUCCCCUCCACUCCUGUGGUAGAAACGACUGGACUCUACAUUCAUGGACUCUCUGGUCCCUUCACCAUGUUGAAACCUUUGGCAGCCUGAGAGCCCUAAGGAACAAGCUGUGACAACAGGGAGCCCUGUCUAGGGGUGUCCGCUCUGGGGCCUGGAGCCCGAGCCAAGCUCCUAGGGGAGCUAGGAACUUGGAAAGUGAGGCGUGUGUCAUGUUGCAGACCUCUGAACUCUUGCUUACGCAUACGUGAGCGUUUCUUGCCCGCCCAUGUUGGUGCUGGAAAAUUAUUUGUGUUCAACUGACAUUUAAGGCUCCCUCCCCCCACUUCCUCCCAGCCCUGUGGGCGGGGGUUGGAAACUUAGCACUUUAUAUUUAUACAGAACAUUGUGGAUGUGUCAAUAAAAUAUUGUUUUGUUUAAAAAAAAAAAAAAAAAAAACCUC